AUGUCUCCCACCUCAUCAGCUGCUUCGAAGCAAAAGACUCGACAGGUGUGGACUCCAGAGGAGGACCAUAUCCUUUCAGAAGCUGUCAGGGCUGAAACCCCAGCACACGGCCCUAUCAGUUGGCACAAGGUCGCCUCCCAUUUACCUGGUAGGAACAAUAAGGAUUGUCGGAAGAGAUGGCACUAUAGCAUUAUCAACACCAUCCGGAAAGGCACGUGGACAAAAGACGAAGACCAGAAGCUCAAGGCCGCAGUGGAAGUGUAUGGAGCACGCUGGAGCAAGAUUGCAGAGGCAGUGGGCACUCGCAACGGGGAUCAAUGCUGGAAGCGGUGGUACGACUGUCUUGAUCCCAGCAUUGACAAAAGCCCGUGGACAUCAGACGAGGACGCGAGACUCCUCCACCAAGUAAGCAAAAGCGGUCGAAACUGGAGCGAAAUCGUACACAAGCACUUCCCCAACCGCACCUCCCUGUCCGCCAAGAACCGAUACAGUAUCCUCCAGCGCAAGCAAGAAAACGCGUCCAAGUCUUCCUCCAAGAAGUCCGCUAUCACAUACUCCACAGCUUCAAGCCCAAGCCCAGGGCCCAGUCUCAACUACCUCAGCCCCCCUUCCAUCGCAUCCAGCAGCACCAGCACCCCAGAGCCAGAGUCGUACCCAGAAUGGUUCGUCAACAGCGGCAACAGCCAGCCUUCCAAUAUGGACUUUGGCUCACUAGACCAGGGAUACUCCCAGCCUGGUGGGUGGUACCAAGGAGGGGCGAUGAGCACAUCCCACUCGCCAAGUCCUCAGCUGGGUGGUGCUGGGCUGGAGUGGACCACCACUGGCUCGAGUGACACGACUUGGAGCUCACCUGAUAUGGGCAUCAUGCAGAGCUACUCGCCUGCUCCUCCAACCCUGCUGCCGCAACAGUCGUUGGGUUUCCCGGAGCUGGAUUAUUCCCAGACUCGGCAACCGCCUCAACAGCAGAUGUAUGAGCAGUUGUCUGCUGUUGACGGAAGUAUAUCGGGGUACAACAUGCUGGGAAUUUACCAGACUGAUGCGUUGGUGUAUGAGCAGAGUGAGCAACCGGUGAUGGGCUUUACUCAGCCGAUUGGAUAUGGGGGUGGACAAUGCUGGUGACGGGCGUGGAGUGUCUCGAUAAUGGAAAAAUAUUCAUUCUGUCCCUCUUGUAGCGACAGAGAAAAGCACAGGGUUGGUUGCAUGGGUCUGGAGUUUUUGCAUGCCUGGGUUGGGCUUUUGGUUUUCUAUUUAUCUUACUUUUAAUACUAUCUGUCGGAGAAACUCCAUUGAAUAGAGAAAAAUGACAGUUCAUAGGUAUCCAAGAUGAGAUGGGUUUGUGAUGUCGUGUCAACGAGUGAAUU